AUGGUCUUUAAGGUUUUCGCUGCACUCACAUGUUGUCUUGCAAUGUGCGUGGUUGGCACUGCGUCACACGGUGGUCACCACGAACAUGGUGGUCAUGGACAUGACAGUGGUGGCUCCAGUCACGCUUCUGUUCACCUAGUUUCCCACGACGAUCAUCAUGAGCAUGGGCAUGGACAUGGACAUGGAGAUGGUCAUGAUUCACAUGCUGAAUAUCAUUUUUCUUAUGGCGUCAAGGAUAAGAAAACAGGUGACAUCAAGGAGCACAGCGAACAUCGGGAUGGCCACAAGGUAUCCGGUCACUACGAGUUGAUCGAUGCGGAUGGUCAUAAGCGAACUGUCCACUAUACAGCUGACAAACACAGCGGUUUCCACGCUGAAGUGCACCGCGAACCCACACACCAUCAUGUAGCCGACCACGGUCACACCAGCUACCACGGUGGACACGCUGAGGUUGAACAACACGAAGGCGGGCAUGGAGGACAUGACGGCGGCCACGGUCAUGGAGACGGACAUGGACACGGACACGGUCACGGUCACGGUGAUGGACACGGCAGCCAUUCAAGUGGCUUUUCUAUCAAACAGGAACAUGGUGUGGCUUUCCAUCAUGGUGGACACGCACACGGUGGUCACGGAGGUCACCAUUAA